UUUUAUCGAUAAAUAAGAAUGGUGCGUAAAUAUUGAUAAAGCAAUAUAUCUUUUUGGGAUCAUCAUUAAAUCAUGGAAGACGACAAUAGAAGAGAAGAAAUUAAUGAAGUAACGGGAGGCAUGGAAGAGGAUGGAGCUGCAGGACAACAAGAAAGAGGUUCUGAUAACCAAUACCAACAGCUAUCGGCCUCUUCCAGUCGCAAACGCAUGCGAGACGAAACAGAUUCCAGUCAACAUGACAGAAAGCCAUCUCGCACGAGAUCAAGAUCAAGAUCAAAUAAACCUCUGCAAAGAAGGCAAUGGAGAAGUGCAAAUGCCUUUUUAAAUUUUAUGCAAGACUUUAGGCAGGUAACGAAAUGCAAAAAUGACGAGGAUAAUGCAAACAUUAUGUAA